UAUUCAGUGGCCUUGGUGGUCGUUUGUCGUUGGCUGAUAGGUUGGCCGUGGUUGGCAUCACAGCAGCUGACAGGCGGGCACGUUGCUAUUGAACGUCGGAUACGGGCAGUAGUUUCUUGGCUUCUUGUGCCGUUGGCUCCCCCGUGGCUCUUUUCCCAGGGUCAGGAGGGCUUCAUCGGCGCCCAUGGAGAAAUUGAACAUGGGGAAGCUUCUGCCCCUGGAGGGCUGCCUUGAAAGAUGUCCGGGGAGCCCCCGUCCACGCCACACCCCAAUGUUUGGUUUUCGCCCAAGUCUUUCUUCGGUUUGCAACGCCCAAGGCUAACCAAAAGAGCUAUGCGGCGCCGGGGUUGCUCCUGAGUUGCUUUCCAUCAUCCAGGUGGCCGGCUCUUCGGCUUGCUCCUCAACAUCAAAAGGGCGUCAAUCAACUCCAGCUUUCUUAUUUAUAACCUUUGUUGCGCUUGACAUACCUACCCGAGCAACCGGAAAUCCAGAGACUCGCGAGACUCUGCAAAGCGGCUCCGCUCCUCUCCCCCGUCUUUGUAUCCACCCUCGACGAGGCUACACACCGAUCCGAUCCGAUUCAAGGAGGACCCGGUCGAGUUCGCCAGCCCGUUCCAUACCGGUUCUGGACCGCGUGAACAACUGUGGACAUCUGUUGACGGUUUUCGCCUUAAUGCGAUCUACUUAACCCUCUCUCGCUUCCGUCUCAACUUCCCACAGCAUCCUGUUCCGUUGGAAAAGGGGUCAUUGCUGCUAUGAAGUCUACCUUGGCCACUCUGCUGGCCCUGGCCUCAGUAGCCGUUGCCGAGAAUGGUGUCGUCAACUUCCCUCUCAACAGAGGCGUGCCUCACUUCAGGGUCGGCAACGUGCGCCAGAACGUCAAGCGCGACACCUACAGCCAGGCCCUGAUCAACAACAUUACCGGCGGUGCUUAUUAUGCCGAGGUCACUGUGGGCACUCCGGGCCAGAAAGUCAGCGUUGUGUUGGAUACGGGAAGCAGCGACCUCUGGGUUGUGAGCUACAAGGCGGAUUUAUGCACCGACCCUUCAAUUCAGCGGCAAUGGGGGGAUUCGUGCGACAAGACGUACAACCCGACCAAGAGCUCUUCGUACAAGGUCCUAGAGGAGGAUAGCUUCGAGAUCCGGUACCUCGACAAUAGCACUGCCGCGGGUGACUACAUUACGGACGACCUCAAUAUUGGCGGAGCCACUAUCAAGUCUCUGCAGAUGGGCUAUGCGACCAAGACCGUCCGCGGCGCCGGCAUCUUGGGCGUGGGCUACUCAUCCAACGUGGCUUCCCAACAACGCUACCCCAACCUGAUUGACCAGUUCGUCGCGCAAAAGCUCAUCACCACCAAGGCCUACUCUCUCUACCUCAACGACCGCCGCAGCGACACGGGUAGCAUCCUCUUUGGCGGCAUCGACAAGGACAAGUUCAUUGGCGACCUGUCGAUCCUGCCCAUUUACCUGGCCAAGGGGCAAGCCGAGCCCAUCCACUUUGAAGUCGAGAUGCAGAGUGUCUCGCUCGCCCUGACCAAGAACGGCAAGACCACCAAGAUCAUCUCCACCGACCCGUCCCUCAGCCAAACCUCGACCAUCGCCAUCCUCGAUUCCGGCACCACCCUCUCCUACCUGCCCUCCAAGAUCACCGACCAGAUCCACACCAAACUCUCCGUCUACGUCGACGAAAUCUGGACCGGCCUGACUUUCAUCGACUGCCAGUACCUCACCUCCAACCCGGACCUGCGUUUGUCUUUUACCUUUGGCGCCAACGCCACCAUCUCCGUGCCCGUUUGGGAACUCGUCCUCGACCUGCUAGGCGAGAGCCAAUCCGAGCUCCCCUUCAAGAUGCCCUUCAAGAACGCCUGCAUCUUUGGCAUCCAGAGCACCGCCGGCUUCCAAGAGGACAACUUCGAUGAGGACUGGGCCCUCCUCGGUGAGACCUUUUUGCGGUCUGCCUAUGUUGUGUACGACCUCACCCACCACCAGAUCGGCAUCGCGCAGGCGAACUUGAACAGCACGACGACCGAUAUUGUUGAGCUUAGCGGGGCGGAUGGCGGGUUGCCGACUGGAUUGACGGGUGUGAAGGAGCAGCAGACAAGCAAUGAUCCAUCGGGCAAUGCGGGAUCCGGAUCGGGUUCUUCUACGGAUAAGGACGGCGCCAAGGAGACGGAGACUGUCACUGCUGGGUCGACCGCUGCUACGGGGACAGCUGCUUCGGGGGCCAAGGAGACGGAUAGCGCCGCGGCCGGGUUAAGUGCAAGGGGAGGUGCUGUUGGUGCUUUGGCCGUUGCGUCGCUCACGGGCUUCCUUGCCCUUGUUGGAGGCGCGGUUGUUGCCCUGUAGUUGCAUACACAACCUGCUCUAAGGUGGACAAAUCUUGCACUACAUAUAUAUACGACGGUUGUGGUUUUGAAUACAGGAUCUAUCACUUACAUACCGCUUACCUUGGAUAUAAAGGGCGGUUAGUGGUAGCGUAAAUAGCGGUUACUGUACAUGACUACCAGUGCAAAGAUAUGGUACUGCAUCAGGAAACUUAAUCAAAUAAUCUUAUUCUUUAUUACGGCUAGAUGGUAAUGGGUUGUUAUGACAAAUAAGAACAUAAGAAAAAUUGGGUGUCAUUCAUCCGGGUAUAAAGUGUCAUUCAAGC